AUGGCUGUCGAGACCAGGAAAAUCCUCCUCACUGGGGCGACCGGCUUCAUCGGGGGCAGCAUCUUGACCCACCUCCUCGAAUCACCGGAGCCGUCCCUCAAAGAUGCACAGAUCACCUGCCUGCUCCGCGGUACUGAUCGUGCGGAGAAGCUCUCAUUGACGUAUGGAGAUCGUGUCAAGCCAGUUGUGUAUGAAGGGCUCGACGACCUCGACGCCACCACCGCUGCUGCUGCCGAGCACGACAUCGUCAUCAACACCACAGCCGGCCACCACACUCGGGCCGGGGUCGCGCUGGUCGAAGGUCUGGCUAAGCGGAAGGCUUUGACGGGUCGCGAUGUCUGGAUUCUGCACACGUCGGGCACCUCGAACAUUGGCGACAGGCCUAUCACGAAGCCCGAUGUCCCGGUCCGUGUCUUCGAUGACCUCGUCGACGAUACCUACAGCUACGAGAAGGCUCUGGAGGCAGAGCACGCCUACCCUCAGCGCACGGCAGAGCUCAGCGUCAUUGAUACAGGUCUGGCGCUCGGCGUCAAGACACUCGUCAUCAUGAGCCCCAUCAUCUACGGCGAAGGGAGAGGCAUCUUCAACAAAACGAGCAUCCAGACCUUCACCCACCGUACCGCUGUGAAGAGAAGACAGGUGGCUGUCGUCGAGGCGGGCAACAACAUCUACGGCCACCGAGGGCCAGAAUCUCCCAACGGGCCAGAAGGGGCAUCAUCUUCAGCGCGCACGGCGGGGCACACCAUGAUCCGGCAGGCCGAGCUGAUUGCUGCUGCCGGGCAUGAGCUCGGCGUGUUCCCAGACAGGCAGAUCCAGCAUCUUGGCCUGGAAGAGGCGGCGUGGGCCGUCCUGCCUCAUGUGAAAGUCUUCACGGAAGAGCAGAUCAAGCUUGCGGGCUCUCAGAUUGUCGAAGCAAUUCUGGCGGCCAAUGCCAGAUCGGUUCCGAGUGUUGCUCGCCGGCUGGGGUGGAAGCCGUCCAAGGGCGAAGACGCCUGGGAGCAGUCCAUCAAGGAUGAUGUCAGGAUUGAGGCGGCUGCCCUGGGUCUCCUGUGA